AUCUCAAUAUAAUCUUGGUCCCUACUUGUGUAAGUAAGCAUCCAAGUCCAACUCAAAGUGAAAGAGAGAAGAAAAAGCAAGAGUGUUUGUGUGAGUUAUGUUGGAGAUGGAAUAUAAUGGUCAUGAUUUCUUGGAAGAGUUGUUAACUUUCAGAAGUGAGCCUUGGGAAUCAAUAACCAAUCUCAUUCCAACCCAACCUCAUGAGUUCUACAAUUUUACUAAUGCCUAUUGCAAUGUUCCUACUUUACCUGAAACCCCUUUAUCCAACAUUCCUCAGACUUAUUGUUUUGAGGACUUACCUGCAUUACCAUUUGAUCAGUAUCAACCAAGUUUCAACUUUUCCAGUUAUUUUGGGGAGUUUUGUGUGCCUUUUGGAGAUGAUCAGGCUAUAUCAGCUCCUGAGCACACUGAUUCUUCUAACAACAUGCUUGAUACACCUGAUCCGUUCUUGCCUUGUCAAGAAGAGUAUUCGGUUAUCGAGGAUUUUGAAGUGCAGGCAGCUGCUGAGGCUUGCAAGAUGGAGCCUUUUCAGUCCCCUGAAGUCCCUGGUUUUAACAUGGGUGCUGGCAUGGAAAAAAGGAGCAAGGUCAAGAAAUUGGAUGGACAGCCUUCCAAGAAUCUCAUGGCUGAAAGACGGCGAAGAAAGCGGCUUAAUGACAGGCUUUCCAUGCUUAGAUCUGUUGUUCCUAAGAUCAGCAAGAUGGAUAGGACAUCAAUCCUUGGAGACACAAUAGAUUACAUGAAGGAGCUUCUUGAAAGAAUUAAUAAAAUGCAAGAAGGGAAUGAAAGUGACUCAAAUGACCAUCAUCACCCAAGCUUAACAAGCCUAUUUAAAGAUGUAAAGCCUAAUGAGGUUCUUGUCAGAAACUCACCAAAGUUUAAUGUGGAGAGAAAUGACAUGGAUACUAGAAUCGAAAUGUGCUGUGCUACUAAGCCAGGGUUGUUGCUCUCAACUGUGAGUACACUAGAAGCAUUAGGCCUUGAGAUUCAACACUGUGUUAUUAGCUGCUUCAAUGAGUUUGGAAUGACUGCUUCUUGCUCAGAGGAAAUGGAGCAAAGAGGAAGCAUGAGUUCAGAAGAGAUAAAGCAAGCAUUAUUUAAGAAUGCUGGAUACGGUGGAAGGUGCUUGUAGAACAUAACAAGGAUUUCGUAACCAGUGCACAAGUCUCCUCGUUAUUUUGGCAUCACCCUGGAUUAGGUCCGGACCUUAUAAUAUUUUUGGGUCACGAGAUGAGAUAAGAUGAGAGAGAAAUAAAAGGGAAUUCCAGCCAAGUGGUGAAAUUUCAAAAAAUGGAAUUAUUACUGUCUUGCUUUUUCUGGAAAAUCAGUAUCUACAGGAUAAGGGCAGUAAAAGUGAGACUGCCAUGGUCUUCUAAAUUCUUGUCAUGGAAAAAGGCUCAACUUUUUCCAAGUAAGAAAUCAUUUGUAUGCUUCGUAAAAUUUGUAAUGAUUUGUUCUAAUGGGAUGUCAUCCAUUGAUUAUU